AUGGAGGGCCUGGGGUGCCUUUGCCAGCCUACUUCCAGCAUCUGCGAGGAAGAGAGAGGAGGGUCACCCGUGCGACAAGAGGCCCAGCCAAUCAGCGUCCGGGAGGCUGCACCAUGGGUGGCACUCUGUAAAAGGCAUGGCGGGAAAGCGCUGAUCGUACUGGCUCACUCGGAGAAGACGUCCUUCAACUAUGCCAUGAAGGAGGCUGCUGUGGAGGCGCUGAAGAGGAAUGGAUGGAAGGUGGCCGAGUCCGACCUCUACGCCAUGAGCUUCAAUCCCCUCAUUUCCAGAAAGGACGUCACAGGUGCAUUAAAGGACCCUGAGAACUUUCAAUAUUCAGCUGAGACCGCUCUAGCUUAUAAAGAAAACCGCCUGAGCCCGGAUAUUGUGGCUGAACAAAAGAAGCUGGAAGCUGCAGACCUUGUGAUAUUUCAGUUACCAAUGCAGUGGUUUGGUGUGCCCGCCAUUCUGAAAGGCUGGUUCGAUCGAGUGCUCACAGGAGGCUUUGCCUACACCUAUGAGGCCAUGUAUGACAAGGGGCCUUUCCAGAAUAAAAAGGCUGUGCUUUCCAUCACCACUGGUGGCAGUGGCUCCAUGUUCUCACUCCAGGGUGUCCAUGGGGACAUGAACAUCAUUCUCUGGCCAAUUCAGAGUGGCAUUCUGCACUUUUGUGGCUUUCAAGUCUUAGAACCUCAACUGAUGUACAGCAUUGGGCACACUCCACCAGAUGUCCGAACUCAAAUCCUAGAAGGAUGGAAGAAACUCCUGGAGAAUAUUUGGGGUGAGAAACCACUGUAUUUUGCUCCAAGCAGCCUCUUUGACUUAAACUUUCAGGCAGGAUUCUUACUGAAAAAGGAGAUACAAGAUGAACAGAAAAACAAAAAAUUUGGUCUUUCUGUGGGUCAUCAUUUGGGCCAGCCCAUUCCAACUGACAACCAGAUCAAAGCCAUGAAAUAAGACGGACUUGGGUUUGUAACAUAUAGUCUGAUGUAGGUAUUUUUUUUUUAGCUUCCUUGAUUUGUUUGGAAGCGUUUUUUUCCCCUCAAGAAAUGAAUAGUGGGCCAGGGAGAUAACUCAGCAGCCUAAGUGUCUGCCUGGCAAGCACAAGAUCC